AUGUGUUUGCUGGGAGAGCAGAAAAAGUUCGAGGACGAGAUACGACGGCAGCUGAAGCUGCAAGAACAGGUGCACACCGAUCACCUUCAGGAGGCGCUCGCGAUAAAAGAACAGGAAACCGAUAGGAAGCUGAAACGCGCACUCAGCGAGCAAUCUGAGACAGACUCGUUGAAAUAUAAAUCACAGCUCGCCGCGAUCGUCGGGAGGUUACGUGGUCUGGAAGCUGCGCUCAAGGCUCGCAUGGAGGAAGAAAGGGGUGCAUCGAACGCUCAGAUUCUUUGGUCAGCUUGCCAAGCCUUGGCUCGAGCUGUUAAAUCAGCGCCAGCAGGUGCGCCCGUAGAAACUACCAUUAGGCCUCUGGAACCGGAAAUCAAGGCGGUCACCAAGGCAGCUCCCAAGGAGGAUCCGCUGGUGACAGCAGCAAUUCAAGGCAUUCCAGAGGAGGCCGCGAAAAGAGGAGUGUUCCCAGAAGACGUUCUUCGUGCAAGGUUCCUCAAGGUGGAACAAGUGGCCCGACGAUUGGCCAUGGUACCCGAGGAAGGUGCUUCGCUGCCUAUCUAUUUUCUUAGUUACCUUCAGAGCUAUUUGAUCAUCAAAAACGCCAAUCCCAUACCUCAGUACGAAAUCGAGGACAAACCCAUCGAUGUGAACAAACUGAACACGUACGACAUCCUUCAUCGGGCCAGGUAUUGGCUCGAUCGCGGUGAUUUCAAGAUGACCCUUCGUUACAUGAAUUUGCUGAAAGGCGCGCCAAAGUCCAUCGCCAGAGACUGGAUGAACGAAACUAGGAUUCUUCUGGAGACUCAACAGGCGGUGGACACGCUGUUGGCGUACGCUGGUGCUAUAGGUCUAGUGUUCCUUGGCGCUGGAGAUUCGAAGGUCAGUCAAAACGAUUAGAGCGAAAUAAUA